AUGGAGUAUCCAUCUGAGGACCUCAGAGAGCAUACGGCAUCGAGGCUCCCCACUUACCGUCAUGUUGACCUACAGAAGCUGGACCUUGACCGUGACCCAGCGUUGUCAGAGCGAGCAGAAGUCUUAACGCACGGUGAAAGCAAAGAACAGGCGGGUCCCAGGAACGAUAUCAAACCACCUCAUAUGCGAAACAAUUCGACCAGCAACAUCAUCACGACUCAUGAAAUCCGACCAUCGCUGAAGGCAUCCCGGCAUUUAAGCUUCCCUACAGAUCAUUCUUCGCAGCCACGACCGGUCAACCUUUUAGCGGACUCGUCUUCGCCUUCCUCUGCGACCAACACACCCGCCGCGAAACUCGCGACCAAAAGGAAUGCACAGCCUGUAACGCGAAAGAAUCAUAAUGGAGCCAGUUAUCCUCCACUCAGCAUGAUCACACGUGGAUAUACACAAGACUCGACUACAACGUCUACAACGAAUUGGGUCGCACAACAAUCGGCUCUUAGUCCAAAACCUGCCAGCAACAACGAAAAGCCUCCUUCGAGCCCGCCACAACCAGAAUCGCAACUUCAACCUCAACCACAACCACCACGAUCCAUUGCAGACAGCGCAUCCGCACGACCUCCCAUCAAAGUCGCUCCCAUCCGCGGAUUCAAAUCAUCGCGAAAGAGUGCAGAGAUGGCCUCGCGCCGUUUCUCGCAGGAGCUGGAUAGCACCGUCAGAGUCUACGAUCCCCACGAGAAUUUACACCGCCGGUCCCGUCAGUCGGAGCAGGAUGAGCAUAACAGUGAUGAAAGUGAUCUAUUCCUGAGAGCUGCGCGCGAGGAGGAGUUGGCGCAACAAAAUAAUGUUAAUACAAAUGGAGAUUCUCCAAGUCGGUCGGACAGCAGAAGGUCCCGAAUCGGACAACGUCCCUCCAGCUUGCUCUUCAACUCAACUGCUCUCGCUCGCCGUCGAGGAUCGGAUCAAGAUAAUUCGAAUGGCUUACCUAUUAUGGCUGGCCAGGAAAGCAUCGCACAGGCAUUGACCUACCGUCCAGCCGGCAGGGAUCGCCCUUCUGCGCUGGAAGAUCUUAAUAGAACUCGAUACGCUGGACAAAACUCACGCUCAACACCGACCACCCCAAGGGCGACUGACAGCAGAGAACGUUCUCCUGAAGAAUACGGGGGACGCCGCCCGUCAGUACCAGAAGCCAUCUUGCCUCCUCGUGCCUCCUACCGGCAGUCAAAUCUGUCAUAUUCGACACCUCGAAUCUACAAUUCAUCACCACUAGUAUCCCGCACAACCGACCUGCAUGACACGCCUGAGACACCACGAGGAGCGGAAGGAACAGAAUCAACAGUAUCGACAACUGCACCGUCGACCGUCUGGGACGAGCUCGAUGAACUGAAGUCACGAAUACAUAGAUUGGAAUUGACGGGGAAGCUACCACCUACAUCUGGCGCUGCUAUGUCAAGGGCAUCGGCGGAUCGACCACCAACGGCGACGACUACCAUAACCACCUUAUCUUCUUCGCCAAAACGAGGGCGGGGGAUUAGCAUAUCACCAGUCGAACCUCCUGUCGUUGUAGAACAGCCACCUGCUGAAGCUCACCCUCUUUUGCAUGCUGCUUUAGCGAAAGCUAAGCCACUUCUUAACGCCGAGAUAUACAAGACAUUAGAAGCUACUGCUUCAGAUGCUCUGGCAAUCUCGUCAAUGAUGGGGACCUCGGGCCAACCUGGACCCAUUUCAAGCUCUCAAUCAACGGUUGGAGGACCAAAUGCUGGCGUAUCUGACCGACAAGUCCGCCGCAAAGCUGAUAGUAUGUGUCGAAGUUUGACUGAACUUUGUUUGGCAUUGUCCGAAAACAAGAACGAGGCUGCACAAGCUGUUACUAGUCAGGCACUGGAACGACCUAGGACUCGUGACACUGAGGUUCUUCCAAGCAUUGAAACGAACAAUACUCGUCAGAUUGUUAAUACCGAUCUCAACAGAGUCAAGUCGAGUCCAAGAGCUCUCAGUCGACUAGAAGCACGACGAAGUAGCUUACUUGCUACGAGCGCGUUACCAAGUCCUCGCUAUGCUCCAUCUGAGGUUGGAACACCAACACAAACGGGACGGCGAACGUCACUAUUCCUUAGAACUCGACGUACAGGAACAGAAGAGCCAGAGGAGGACGAUACGUUCCGUGCCCCUUCCAGAGCCAUUACUGAAGUUGGUCGUCCGAGACAAUCGCCUCGAGAAUACACAUCUCAACAGCCACUUCCUGAACGAUCAUCUUCUAUCACAUCUUCUUUGCCCGUCAGAAGACAUUAUGCUUCGACAAGCUUGACGAAUUCACAACCAAUGCCGCCAGUGUCAGCCCUUAACAACAGGAGAUACCUGGAAAGGUCAACACCAGAACGAGACACCUCGACUGUCAUUGGACGACUUGCAGAAGAUCGCUCACAGAGAAAGUCAUCUAUCGGCUCUGGCCUCCCAAUUGGACGAACUGGCAGUCUAACCAGAAGAAAUCGACAACCUACUAGCAGCGAAUUUACUGCUGGCCAGGCUGGUGGCUACCAGUAA